AUGGCGGCUGCAGCUCAACCAACUAUCUUUCGGUCCGACAAUUUUGUUUACGACACAGAAAGAGACUGGCUUGGUUCAGGUGCCUUUGGCGACGUCUAUAGAUGUUGUUUGAGAGAUUCCGGUGAGCAAGUCGCUCUAAAGAUCAUCGCGACGCCAAAAAGACUGAAACCUAGUGAGGAGGAUACCUUUCUGCGCGAAGUAAGCAUUCUUCGUCUAUUGACAGAAUGUCCUCACGUCAUUCGACUAGUGGGUGUGUGCCUUGGUCCUGGCAAUUACGCGAUUGUAAUGGAAUAUGUGGAAAAUGGAGAUUUGGAGGACAUGUUGAUGUCAGAAACAAGCGAACAUCGUAAAAUUAUUGGACAGUGGAGCUGUCGGCUGAAGAUGAGUUUGGAAAUUGCUAAAGGGAUGAACUUCUUACACAGUCUCAACCCUCCAAUUAUACACAGAGACUUGAAGACAUCCAACGUGCUAGUUGAUCACAAUUACUCUUGCAAGAUUAUCGACUUUGGGUUGUCAACAACAAGAGAAAUUUCGAGACAGUCAGGGAUCCAAUCUCGUAGCUCAAAAGGGGUAGGAACGGUGGCUUUCACUGCACCAGAAGUAUUUCAAAACAAUGUAGUGAAGAAAAAAGAAACAAAGCUUGAUGUUUAUUCAUAUUCUAUCAUUCUUUGGCAACUGAAGGAAAUGAAGCGAGUUUAUGGUGAAAAUCACAUUGACGUGAUUCGUGCAAAUGUUCUGGCUGAUGAGAGACCUGAAUUGAGUGACGACGACUGCAGUGAAGGCUUUCGAAACUUGAUUGUUCGAUGUUGGGACAUUCUGCCUGAGGUCAGGCUAUCCUUCAAAGAAAUAAUUACAACUUUUGAAGGGAUCAUGGGACAGACUUCUGUGUCAUUGAAUCAAACCAGUCAUGACGUUGUUUUAAGUGCUGACAAUCCAGUUACUGAAGUACAGGCUGGAAAAGUGAUUGAUAGCACUUCUGUUCAACCAGUCGAUCAUACAAGUGUUUCAUCAUCAUUAUCAAUGGUGCUUGAAAGUCAGUCUGUUAAGAAGUCAAAUGCAGGGUCAAAACCUGUUUGCACAUUUUUUAGGGUUGUGCCACGUUUAGCUGAGAAACAAACUGACAUGCAGAAGAGCAUUCCAAGCUCUAAGAGCGUGAGAAGAGACACUUGGAGAAUUAGAAAGUUCCCGAAGCGCAUAUUUGGGAUAGACACGGAAUUACUCGGAGCCAGUGCUGCAGUGAUGCUACAAACUGCACAACCUCCGAUGAAUGUUCCGCGUUGGAAACCAUUUUCACCGUAUUAUAGAAUUACAGGAAUACAGACGACAAAUGAAUUGCAAUGGUCUACACGUGCUCUGCAUCUACCUGAAAUUUUGAAAGCUGCGAAGGAGGUAUUGACUGAUAUACGGCUUGAAGCAGAUGACGAAGGAAGCACUCAUCGUUUACAGAUGGACAUUUGGCUGCAUCUCGGGCUGCAACUUAUUACCGAUGUGACAGAUGGGGAGACACUUUUGUGUUACUUCAUUGAGAAUGUGUUAUCGAAGAUGAAGUUCAGAAAACAAGGUGGCAAUUGGACAAACACGUUUGAACCAGGAUUGCAAGAACGAGAUCUCUUUCCUUUGCAUCGUUAUGUCACGGUGCACGCCGAGGCGACACAUUCGAGUACUCGUCACGACAUGAAGUUUAAAACUCCUUCAAAUCGAGAGCGUCGUUUCAAGGUGUGGAUACCCGGAGACGAGUACGAUGGCACCGGUGUGCGACAAACGCCAGGCGUCCAUCCUUCGGAGCAAAAAUCUGCUGAAGAUGGGCAGAGGGUCGGUUGUGGGUAUCUCUUUUUUCCAUAUAACAGCAGACUGGUAGCAGACGUCUCCAUGCCUUAUUAUCCAUUUGAUUGUCGUUUACUGGUCAGAACAGGCAUUACUAGUGUUACCGAUGAAAGCGAACAAGAAAAGCAAGAGGACGCUAUUUUGUGUCGAAAUUACUUGGAGAAAGUUCGCAUCAACGGCAAAGACCUAAGAAUUCCUCAAGUGAGGCUGCUGCCUAAUUACCGCUUGCUAUAUCACAGAAAGUGUGAGCAACAAUCUUACCGAUUUCGAGGUUUUGAGUUGACUGUUUCAAAAGAAAAGACAUUACACGAGCAGACACCGGACAGGAUUAAUGUUCACAUUCACAACAUUGAAUGUGAUUCUCUCCUACAGCAAAAUCGAGGACGGGACUGGAAACCUGAUGACGUUCUUCGCUUUAUUCCAGAAAUGCUCAAAUGUGCAAAGAGCAUUCACUACAAUUUCAUGUAGAAAGACGUACGGACGGGUGACUGUGGAUGGGUAACGUGUUUGCAAAGUAAUUGAUAUCUCCUAUUUUUAGGCAUAGAGACUUGUCCAGCGGAACAGCUAUGGGCUUUGACAAAGACAAACAUUGAAUUAUGUAUAGUUAUAAAAUUUUGUGUAUCUGAGUAGUGUAGACCCAAAUUCUUUUACAACAGUUGGACAUUAUUGUAGUCACUACCGGUAUUGCAAAUGAUCCCUUGCCUGAC